CGUGUCCCCGUGUCUCUCUCUCCUCCCGUGUCUCUCCCCGUGUCUCUCUCCUCGUGUCUCUCUCCCCGUGUCUCUCUCCCGAUAUGUCUCCGCUGUCUCCGCUGCUGGUGGUGGUGGUUCUCAAUCUGGCUCACGUAACGUACGGUCUGUACGGCAACCGGCUGAACGCCUUCGUCCGCCACUUUGAGGCCCUCCGGUACGACGCCGAGGAUCUGCGUGAGCAGCACGAGAGAGCCAGACGCUCAGGCGGAGGCGCUCACCAGCCACUCACACUCAGCUUCCAUGCCCUGGGGAGACAUUUCUCUCUGCGUCUCGUCCGCGAUGUGUCUCUCUUCACCGAAGACUUCUCCGUGCAGGAGGGAGCCAGGGAGCCCCAAGCCUACAGCCCCUCGCACAUUUACACGGGGAACAUUCAUGGAGAGGAAGGUUCACUGGUUCAUGCCUCCAUCAACGGCGGCCUCAUUGAAGGUUUCAUUCUGACGAGAGGAUCUGGAACUUUCUACCUGGACCAUGCCGUCAGACACCGCCCAUACUCAGCUGCUGGGGGCUCAGUCAUCUACCACGAGGACGACUUGCACUACCCACACCCGUACGGGUCUCUGGGUGGGUGUGCUAACCACAGCGUCUUCCACAGGAUGCACAGCCGACAGCAACAGCACGCAGUGAAGGAAGUCACCAAUGCCUCGGGCCACUACAACCACAGUCGCCUGCGUAGGGCGCUGGGUCCGGAACAGAAGACUUGCCUCCUCUUUAUCCAGACGGACCACCUCUUCACACAGCACUACGGAUCUCGUGACAACGUCCUCGCCCAGAUCGCUGGCCACGUGAAGGCUUUGGAUGCCAUCUACCAGAACACAAACUUCCACGGCAUUCGUGGAAUCAACUUCAUGGUGAAGAGAGUCAGGGUGAACGGCACGGAGGAGGCACGUGACCCCACCAACCCCUUCCGCUUCCCCAACAUCGGCGUGGAGAAGUUCCUGGAGCUGAGCUCAGAGCAGAACCAUGACGAGUUUUGUCUGGCCUACGUAUUCACCGACCGGGACUUCGACGACGGAGUCCUGGGCCUCGCCUGGGUCGCCGCUCCCUCCGGCAGCUCGGGAGGAAUCUGCGAGCGUCACCGCCUCUACUCGGACGGCCGUCGAAAGUCUCUGAACACGGGAAUCAUCACAGUGCAGAACUACGGCUCAUCAGUGCCACCCAAAGUCUCCCACAUCACGUUCGCUCACGAGGUGGGACACAACUUCGGAUCCCCGGUGAGUAUCUACCCCCCCACUACUACCACCCACUACUACCACCCACUACUACCACCCACUACUACCACCCACUACUACUAGUACCACCCACCCACU